AUGGGGAAUAUUGGCAAAAGAGACAAAUAAAACUAAGGAGGCAUGUUAAAAGGAUAUUCAAAUGAGAUUAUAUGGAUGAAGAACAAAAGAAGAGGCAACAUGACUUUGGGGAGUAUACUGUGGACCUAUGUGGGAAAUGGAAGAUUUGUUGCCAAAUUUAUAUCAAAUGCAUUAAUAACAUAGUCAUUAUUUCACGGAGUCUCACAGCAUUGAAAGAGUCCAUUUGACCUACUAUGUCCAGGCCAACCAGUGGACUCCCAUUUUAUUAAUCCGAUCAUCCAGCACCUAGCCCAUAGUCUUCAAUGCCUGGGUGAUUCAAGCACUCGUCUAGACACUUCCUAAAUGCUAUCAGUGACUCUGCUUCCACCACUUUCUCAGGCAGUGUAUUCUAGGUACAAAAAAAUGCUGGAGAAACUCAGCGGGUGUAGCAGCAUCUAUGGAGCGAAGGAAAUAGGCAACGUUUCGGGCUGAAACUCUUCUUCAGACUGAACAGACAAUGGUAUUCCAGGUACUCUCUGAUUGAACCUCUCAGAUCCCAUUUCCCUGUCUUCCCUGUUACUCUAAAUCUAUGUCUUAUAGCUUUAUGUCUUAUAGCUUUAUCCUGCUCUUAUAUGACAAAUCAUUUCCUGCUGUCUACCCUACCUAUAUCCCUCAUGUCCCUUCAUAAACUCCUCCACUCCAAGGGACACAGAACCAGUCUUUCUUCAUCUCUCCAGUCUCUCCUCAAAAAUGAAAUGCUCCAUCCCAUUGACAUCCUGAUGUCUGAUGAAGGGUUCCGAUCCAUAAUGUCACCCAUUCUUUUUCUCCAGAGAUGCUGCCUGACCUGUUGAGCUACUCCUGCAUUUUGUGUCUAUUUUCAACAUGCUGAUGAAUCUCCUCUGUACCCUCUCUAUAAAGGCGCCAAUAAUGGGGAUUUCCGUUAGUAUUAUACUGUCAAGCAGGCCAGCAAUUUAAAGGGAACAGAGUGUAAAUGACUACUAAAGUACAGCCAGAAGAACGUAUUUUAUCCAAUGUGUAGCAAGCGCAUCAGAAGGUGGGGACUGUAACAAUUCUGAAUUUAAAUUGUGGAAUGAAGCUGGACAAGUCCUUGCAUGUUUUAUCUACAGUUUCUCUGUUGCGGUAACACUAUAUCCUGCAUUAUAUUUCCUUGCCCUUUAUUCCCGCCCUGUUGUAUGACUGUAUCCAUAUGAUAUGAUCUGUAGAAACAAGGAACUGCAGAUGCUAGUUUACAAAAUAAAACACAAAGUGCUGGAUUAAUACAGCGGGUCAGGCAGCAUCUCGGGAGAACUUGGAUUGGUGCCGUUUCUCACCAGGACCCUUCUUCAGGCAGAUGAAGGCAGCACAGUGGCGCAGCUGACUCUCAUCAUAUUUCCCCUUUUAGUUAACUUAUUUUAGUUAAUUUAUUUGCUGAAUUCUGAACAGCUCCCAAUCCUCAGAUCUGCUGCUUUUUUGGCAGCUUCCCAAUUGCAGAAAUCCAGGUUCAUUCUUGAUCUGGUGAUAUAUGUGCGGAGUCUGUACAUUCCUCCUGUGAUCGUGUAAGUUUGCUCUGGGUGCUCCAGCCCACACCCAAAGCCAUGGUGGCCAAUGGGUUAAUUAUACACAAUAAUUUUCCCCAUGUGCGUAGGUGAGGGGCAGAAUCAGGGGGAAGUUGAUGGUAAUGUGGGGAUGAUAAGGGGUGAAUAAUGGUCCGUAAGAACCUGGUGAACCAAAGGGCGUCUUUCUGCGCUGUAUGACUCCGUGAAUUGGGACCUGGAUUUCGAAGGCAAAGGAAGGCGAUAUCAUCACAUAGCAGAUUCAGUCUUUGCACUUCAUUGGGUGGGCUGGAAUACCAGGUAACCAUGUGUGGCUAGCCAAAGAAAUUGAUUACCGAUCCAGUAUUCAUUGAGUGACAAUGUGGAGAGUCUGAAAUUAGCUGAACCGCAGUCAAAUAAGUUUCAAGACCAGUACUAAUAGGGUUAAUAGAGAAAGAGAGCACUGCUGUGGGAAAAUAGAAAAUGAUCUCAUGGCUGACAUGCUUGUAAUUGGAGUGGGGACUUAACAUUAAAUCCAUAACUUUAAGCUUCGAAAUCCAAGCAGGAGGCUAACUCGCGCGGUUGACUCCUGACACACUAACACCACAGGCUGGAGUCCCAGACCUUGGUGUCACUUUGAAUCACUCACUUCAUUCCUCAUCUUGGAGUUAAUGCAGACACAUUCCUAGAAUUCACAAUGCAUGAAUGAUAUUUGGAGAACAAUGUUCCCUAAAUCCUGUGAUUGGGCUGUAGUGAAAUACUGGUAGGAUCUAUAAACUAUAUGGAAGAUACAUUAGGAAUGUUAAUAUACAGAGGAACCUUGGACUACAAGUCCAUUGUUUAUUGACAAUGGCAGCAUUGGCUCAUGUGGUAAUAAAAGCAGCGAGCCCAUGCCAACCAUCAACCCUCCAAUUACACUAAUACUAUAUUGAUCCCAUUUUAUCCUCCCCACAUUCCCCAUCCAUCUCCCUGGUUCUACUGUUCACCCACACACUAGGGACAAUUUCCUGUGGCCAAAUAACACAGCGACCCUCGUGUCCUUGGGAUGUGGAAGUAAAAAAAAGCACCCAAGGGUCCAUGUAAUCAUAGGGAGAACGUACAAACAACUGUGGUGAACAGAACUUAUCAAGGGAAGUUAGUAAUGGGCAACAAAUGCCUGCCUGGUCAGUGACAGGCAAACCCCCUCAAAAAUGAAUACAACUAAAAGGCUGUGUUCAGAAAGUGAAGGUAAAUUGAACUGAGCACAUUGAAACCACAAAUCAGUUUCACCCUAAUGUGUAAAUUCUAGUGACUAAAGUACACAAUUCAUGCAGGAAAAGCUGAUGAUUCGUUCAGUGAAGGGCCUGUCUGCUUUCACCUGACUCCUGCCAAUGAGCAUCUCUGGAGAGAAGGAAUGGGUGACGUUUCGGGUCACCCAUUCCUUCUCUCCAGAGAUGCCACCUGUCCCGCUGAGUUACUCCAGCAUUUUGUGUCUAUUUUCGGUUUAAAUGAGCAUCUGCAGUUCCUUCCUACACACCCUGCCAAUGAGCAACAGAAUGAAACUCCAUACGUUCCUCUUGAAUUACAAUCCAUAUUUGAGUGCCUCGCAGAGAUGGCCUGAUGAAGAACAAGUUCCCUGCUCACUGAGCAAGGAAAUCCCAUCAAAGCCCAAAUUUCCAAUAGAUGGAAUUUCACAGAUCAGUGGCCAUUUCUCUAAACCGGUUAUUUUUCUCAUUGCAGAAUUAACCGGGUGACCCGCCCCCUCUGAAUGGAGACUGGGAAAAAUGAUCACUCUAUAACCUCACGGCCAUAAAGUAAAAUUUAAAGUGAUAGAAUUGGGUGUUAGUAAUACUAAUUAAUAAUGCGUUGUAAAUCCGAUUAAGUUUUCAGCUCAAGAAUUGAGCACAUUUUCACAGGGAAAUAAAUGCUUUUGAAAUUCCAUCAGGUGAAUGUGACACCUCCAGCCUUGCUCCAGCUAAGGUUUUGAGAGUUUGUGCAGGUCACUGCACCUCUCGUAACAAGCUCCGGAUGGUGAGAAAGAAUGUCCGCCAGUGGUUAAUUGGCCAGCGACCCAUCCAUUCAUAGACUGAAGAGAUUUUGUUCAGUGGCUGUGAAUUUCAGUAAGAAUUGGACAGCAGAAAGGUUCAUGACUGGACAGGCCCUCCUGGAGAACAUUCGGGAUUUCUGAACUAUUGUGCUGAUCAGUCGCAAAUGGAGGAGGCAGCCAGAGAAGGUAUUAGUCUCCUGGCCAAGUUGGACACUGAGGAAGGAGAGAGGCCAAACCUGUCCUCUUCUGGAGCAGUAUUCAUCAUGUUAAAAUCAGCUCUGGGUGCCGGACUCCUCAACUUCCCCUGGGCAUUCAGCAGGGCUGGGGGAUUACACACAGCUAUCAUUGUGGAAAUGGUAUCCCUUGUCUUUCUGAUCAGUGGGCUGGUGAUCCUUGGCUACUGUUCCUCCAUCAGCAGGUGCUCGACGUACCAAGGAGUGGUGAAGGCGAUCUGUGGCCCCACCAUCGGAAGACUCUGUGAAAUCUGUUUCAUCUUCAAUGUCUUCAUGAUUUCCAUUGCAUUCCUUGUCGUGGUGGAAGACCAGCUCAGCAAACUGUGCGAUUCAAUGUCUGACAACGCUACCUCGUUGGGUGCUGUGGAUUCGGAACGGUCUUGGUACAUGGACCGCCGGCUGGGGAUCUCUGCUGUGUGCCUGUUCAUCAUUCUGCCAUUGUCAGUCCCUGAGGAGCUUGGUUUCCAGAAGUACAUCAGCAUCCUGGGGACCUGUGCAGCCACCUACUUAACAAUUAUGGUCGUUGUGAAAUUCUACCUGAUGGAUUUGGAUUCUAUCCCAGAGCUUCACAACCCCAGCACCCUCCCCUUUCUCUCCCACAGUGUCUCCUCAUGGACGGGGUUGUUUACUGUAGUCCCAACGAUCUGCUUUGGAUUCCAGUGUCAUGAGGCCAGCGUGGCUAUCUACAGUAGCAUGAAGAACCAGGCACUCUCACACUGGAUCCUCAUCUCCUGCCUCUCCAUGCUCGCUUGUCUUCUCAUUUACUCCGUUACAGGGAUGUAUGGAUACUGGACAUUUGGUACAGGUGUGGCAGCGGAUAUCCUGAUGUCUUAUCCAGACAACGAGGUGCUGGUUAUCAUGGGCAGGCUGCUCUUUGGCAUCUCCAUUGUUACCAUCUAUCCCAUAAUAUUGCACCUGGGCAGGUCUGUCAUCCAGGAGUUGUGUGUAACGAGCAGGACCAGACAUGUGGCGAGGGCCGGAGGCUAUGGGAGGAGGCCGAGGGUGCUGCUGACCACUGGCUGGGUGCUGCUGAGCCUGGGAGCGGCCCUCUUUGUCCCGGACAUCUCCGAGAUUAUCGGCCUCAUUGGAGGAGUCAGCGCCUUCUUCAUUUUCAUCUUCCCAGGCCUGUGUCUACUGCGGGUGGUGCAGAGGGAAGGUGCCGUUCCGAGAGUAAGGUGGGCUUUGAUUCUGUGGGCAAUGGUGACAAUCCUGUGCGGAGUCUUUAUCUUCGGACAGAGCUCAGCCGCUGCAGUCAUGGAGCUGAUCGAGAGACUGGGUUGAUCGCUGGCCAAGCGAGGCCAGUGUUUAGUAUGUUCGCAAUGCUCACAAAGAACAGACACUGUAACCUUCUUAUUUCAUAAAUUGCUUUAUCUGGAAGCUUGUGUGUGCUUAAUUACAUAUUUGUAAUCUUCAGUUCUACUCUCCAAGGAGUACACAUGAAACCUGUGCAAUGUGUUCUCAUCAUUAAAGCACCUGAUCCCUGUAGUUAUUUCGUGGGUCUGAGAUGUAUCUU